AUGGACGCGGGGCCAAGCAGAAGGACGAGAGUCGUGAACGGCUGCCAGGCCUGCAGAGCCCGGCACGUCAAAUGUGACGAAAAGAUACCAUCAUGCGAGUCUUGCACCAAAGAUGGCAUCGAAUGUGUGCGGACUACGAAUGUCCGAUUCCGAGGCUUCAACAAAUCUGGCUCAGAAAAGUAUUCGUUCCCAGAGGACCAGACCUGGGUCCACAGCGCUGAAGAGUUGACAUACCUGGACGAGACGACCGCGGUCAGCAGAUGGUAUGAAGAUCCGGACUACCUCGAAGCCGAUCAUGAUGGCCCGUGGCCCGACGCCCGUGACCAAACCGGCAUUGACGACUCGAUAUGUGCUCGUGGGCUUCCGACACCUGAGACCCAGGACGUAGUGAUGACUGCGCAUGGCUCUUCUCUCCCAAAGUCUUCGGAUGGGGUGGGGAACAGCAGAGCCAGGCCUUAUGCAAUGUUGCACGCUAUAACCCCGGUGCAUGAAAACUAUAGCCACACCAUACUGUCGUCGACCCCAAGAACAGAGCCGUCUGCGGUUUAUGGCUCACCCGAAAGCACAUCUUCUCGCUCAUACUCUACAGUUUACCCGCUCUCCGUAACCUCUGGGCCUCCGAAUACUACACUGACACAGCGGGAGGCCGUGUUGAUGCGGAACUUUACUGACAAUAUGGCCCUAUGGGCCGACAUCACCGAUCGGGGACGCACUUUCGAGACAGAAGUACCUCGUCGAGCGUUGUUCCACCCGACCCUGCGUUACGCCAUCUUCGCCUUCUCCUCACGGCAUAUCAACAGGCACCGCCGCGGACAGGAGUCAACCGAGGCCCUCGAGUAUUACGACAAGUGCCUGAAUCUCCUGAUCCCUACCAUCUCCAAUCCCGAGAACUAUGUUUCCGAGGAGAUAUUCGCCGCAGUGGCUAUACUUCGACAAUACGAGGAGAUGGACUCGGAGGACCGAGGACUCCAUCUCACGGGGACGACACGCAUAGUCAAUUCGAUGCGUGAUUGGGGCUUCACCCCAGGCCUGAGAGAGGCAUCAGCCUGGCUGUGCCUGCGCCAGGAUAUAUACAUAUCCAUGGUGCAGCAGUCGCCGCUCAAGACGGACCUGGAGGCAUUCCUGCAGUCAGAUAUUUACAGCCGGGACGACGACAUGGCGUAUGCGGCGAGGAUAGUCGUGAUCGUGGCCCGCAUACUGCUCGGCACCGCCGUCGAGGACAUCGAGUCACGAAACCGCAUAUUGGACGAGGCACGCGCGGAGCUGGAAGCGUGGCACGAUGCAAAGCCGGCGACGUUCAACCCAACUUGGGUAGGACCCGGUAGCGGCGAGGUAAGGAGGCUCCCUGAGAUAUGGAUGCUUCUGCCAUGUACUGCAUUCGGACUGCAAUAUUAUCAUGUCGCUGUCAUUUUGCUUGCGCUGUCGGAGCUAGCGACUCAGAAGUCUGGCUACGACGGCUUGAGAGAAAAUAGACGUAGAGAGACUCAGUUUAGGCCGGAGAAAGACUAA